AUGCUACCUCACUACUUAACGAGUAGCUAUUUGCAAUACAAACAAGAUACCAAUGCCGUGGCGUCAUGGCUUGCCAAAACCGCCCGAGCCUGUGGAUACGAAAUUGACCAGCAGAGUGACCAGCCCAAAAAAGGAGGCAGGGCUAAAGGGAAAGCAAGAAAAGCAGCCCGAGCCGCUAAGGCUUCCACUAAUUCCUCCAGCAAAAAUUCCGCGUCCGUCAAACCACAGACAUAUGUCAUUGCCAUUCGCGACUUUAUCCCCCUUGCCGAGACUAUUGUAAAAUGCGAAGCACCUAGAGUCAGAGUCCCGUCCACAUUUGUCACCACCAUCGAACGAGCUAUAUCUGCAAGACGCUCUCACCAUAACAUUCUUGGAGAAAAGAGGAGGACGAAUGAAGAUGGGCACGGUUAUUUCAUCAGCGUUCUUGAACGCGUUCAUAACAUUCUACGGCCUUUGUUCGUGGAGGAGAAUAAAGAGGGCUUGGCUAACAAAUUUGAGAAGCUUGGUGUCGAGGAGCCUUCGGAUGAGCGUGCUCCUACCCCAGAUACCACAAAAUCAGAGUUUCCAGAAUCCGGUUCAGACGCAACCUAUGAAGCAGAACGGGUACAAGACAUCAACGAGAUGUACAGCGCUUUCUGUCUUAUCAUACAAGAUUACCGUGCUUUCCGUAUUGCAAUACAGGAGACCUGGUUAGGCUACCGGCACGGUGUCUUUGAUCUCGUUUCUGCGUCGAUAAUGACCAACACAGCUCUUGAAUUUGCCCGCCAAUUAGAGAAGGAUGCAGCACCGUUAUUUGACAAAUUUGGGGGUUCGGCCAUGGUCAUGGAAGCAGUUUUUCUGGCUCAAUGCCAUAAUAUGGGAGAGGAUAAAGAUUUCCGAGAACUACCUGGUGACGAUCUUAAUUUUCGUGUUUGGGAAGCAGCGACAGAAAUAUUCUUUCCAACUUACAUGUUCCUUCAAGGAUUUGUUCCUAUGGUAAGCAAGGACAAUAUGCCCGUUAUAAAACCCGGCUAUUAUGGCGUUUAUGACCCUACUAGUGACCGAACAAACAAAACGCCAAGGGAAAAGUUUCAAGAGGAUAAGGUGAUCCUUACGGAGCACUCCACUGAGUUUGCCUUACUCUGUAUUUGUGCUCCUGAUCUUUUAGCUGAAGAUGAGCUCACACGCGGCCUUAUGGAGGCGUUCCAAACCCAUACAGUUACCCUUUCUCUCUCAUUUGCUACGCAAGUGUACCUUGAUAUUCACCAUGCGUUGCGUGGGGACGUGCGACGUGGUCUUCCUGAUUUGAUGGCUACGGCCAACAUGAUUGAUGAGUCAAUUAGUGAUAACUUUCAGUAUCGUAAAUCCCUUCGUGUAACAGGGUGGCCUCGAUCAAAUGAUACUGUCCUAGAGAAGAUCCAGCAAUUUAUUGGUUUGUAG